GAGGAGAGAGCUCUCGCUUUAACCAUUGGAGAGGCUGUUCGUUUGGUCGGACGGGGUUGCGCACUCGCAUCCGUUUACAGAGAACGGGAUCCAGCAUCUCCAUCUUCUCCUCAACGAAGCUGAUGGAUCUUUGGAGUCAAGCCAAGAUGUGACCGUCACGUUUUGGAUCUCCGUCCUUUAGAUAGAAAACAGAACCCCUGUUUCUAUAGAAACAGAAAUAACUGACAAUUAGAAAAGUAUUAUUCCUAAAAUGCACUCCUCUAGCCGAACCUUCGCUCCGCCCUUGAGGCCUCGUCGCAUCGACACGAGCAGGCGGACCACCACCACAGCGGAACCAAAGCAACACGGCCCUGUUUCCCAGAGGGAAGACAAAAACAUGAACACCAUUUCCUCUUCCUCUCCUCGGCGCGCCACCAAAGCGACCCCUGAGUCUUCCAGGACCAGGGUGGGGGUCCAGCCUCGUGCCCCCUUGGGUCAGUCCAGAUUGGGCUUACAGAGAAACACAGCUCCCCUCUCUACGACCAAAUCCAAACCCAAACCUAAAAGUGUCCGUGCAGCAGCAGCUGUGUCGAAACGCGCCCCUUUUCCUCCUCCUAUUCCUCUUCUUCCUCAUCUGGACCCCAACUGUAAUGAACCCAGCCUGCCUUGUCUGUGCUGCGACGGCCAUUCCCCCCAGGACAAUAACAGUCUGUUCAACCACAACCACAACAACAACAAUACCAUCUCCAUCAGACAGCAGCUGAAGCUUCAGCCCCCUCCACCACCUCCCCUGCUACCCCAGAGACAGGAGGGGACAGGGGGCAAGACCAAGACUCAGGCCAGCCCCUCUCAGCCCCAGCCUCAGGUCCUGGCCCCAGCCUGCCCCCCUAAUGCCCUGGAACUGGAGAAAGGAAAAAUAGAUGAGGAGAAUGCAGAUGUUAACAAGAACACAGAUGUGGUCAUAGACAACAAGAAAGAAACGGAGGAAGAGAUGGAUAACAAGAAAGAAACAGAGGAGGAAGAGGAAAACAGUGUUGAUGUUGAAGUUGAUGAUGAGGAGGGAGAUGAUGAUGAUGAUGACGACACGUUGGUCCCAUCGUGCUGCGACUGCCCUCCCUCUCUCCUGGAUCUCUCCCUGACCUCCUCCACCUCCUCAUCUUCCACUUCAAUCAGCUCCUGCUCCGAUCUAGAGUCAGACUGCGCCGAUCUCUCCACCUCUCUCUCGUCCUCUGGCCAGAAGUGGAACGCUGAUCUGUCAAUCUCUCAGGACCACACUCACAUUCAUGUUCCUGAACGCUAUCCAGCCUCCCGUUCACCCCCUGUCCUGCUCCUCAACCCCAAACCCCCCUCUGUCUCUCGUUGCCCUCCCCCCCCACACGCCUGCUCCCCAGACGAGGGCUACCCCUCUGCCCCCGCCUCCCCCUCCUCCUCUGACUACCUGGGGGUCAAAGGUCAGACAGGCUUAGGGUCAGAGGUUGCCAAACUAGGCCUCCUGGACUUCCUGGAGUCAGUGGGAGACUUUGGAAAGAUGGAGCGCUUUAGCCAGGUGAUUCAGGUGGCUCGCUGGGACCUGGAGGGGGAUCCUCAAGGGGAUCCUCAAGGGGAUCUACUGAGGGAUCGACUGGAUCACCUGGACCGACUGGAGAGUGUCAACAGGCAGGUGAAGCUGGCCCACAUCACCAGGCUCCAUGAGAAGGGACUGGAUCUAAGCGAUCUGGGCAAGGAGGAUCUCUCUGAUGUUCUGGAUGAGAUGGGGAACGUGGAUAUGUCUUGGAAGAUGUAUAAGGGCCGGGGAGGGUCUUUGGGAGAUUCCCAGGAGUUCUCUGAUGCUGGAGUGGACCUGACAGCACCUUCAGACUGUGACGAGCCCCUGGUCUCACAAUCAGAGACCUCUUCGCCCAUAGAGCUCCCACCGAGACCCCCCAAACCCCCUGCCCGCUAUGCCAGCGUGAACUCUGAACUCCACACCUACAUCAACAUCAGCCGUGACAUCACCCCCUCCGUCUCUGUCUGCACUUCUCCUUCCUCAUCCCCCACUUUCUACACCUUCAGGUGUGAGAAGGCCCUUCCUCCUUCCCCACGCUCCGUCCCCCCUCCUCUUCUCUGUCAGCCCAUCCCUUACUUUACUCUCUACAAAUCUUCCCCUCUCCCAUUCUCCCUCUCCUCCUCCACUCCCCCCAUCCCUCCCCCUCGUAGGAAGCACCUAGCCCGUAAGGAGGCUCAGCGUCUCGCCACCCUCCAAGCAGGAUGCGGGAAGACCCCCUGUCCCUCUCCCCUCCCAACUCUCGCCCCCUCCUCUCCCCCCUGCCCCCACCAUUUCCAUCUCCAACUCCACCACCCCCUGCCAUCCCUCCCCCGCCCUCUCUCCCCCCUCCUCCCUCUUUCCAUGCGUUGGAUGAUGAGAUCCGUAAGCUACUGGUGCUAGC